AUGAAUAUACUGUUUAAACCUUUAAAAAUGGGAGAUAUGCUUCUACCUAACAGAAUUUGUAUGGCUGCUCUUACAAGGUAAAGAUGUGAUAUCAACGACUUAAUCCCAAAUGAUUUAAUGGUUAAGUACUACACUUUAAGAGCAGAAGCUGGAUUCAUGCUAACUGAAUGUGUUCCGAUUUCCGAAAGAAGUUUAGCAUUUCCAGGAUAACCAGGAAUAUAUACAAAGGAAUAAACUUUAGGAUGGAAAAAGGUUGUCGAUAGUGUACAUGCAAAAGGAGGGAGAAUUAUUGCAUAGGUUUGGCAUUCAGGAAGAGCCUGUCAUUCAUCAUUUUAAAAUGGAUUACAAGUUUGGGCUCCUUCAGCUAUUACCCCAAGAAGUAAAGUAAGAAGAUCACAAUUUUUCCAUGAAGUCCCUCAUGAAAUGACCAUAGAUGACAUUAAAUUAGUCAUUUAACAAUUUAAAUAAGCUGCUAUUAAUUGCAAAGAAGCAGGAUUUGAUGGAGUCUAAUUACAUUGUGGCACAGGGUACCUGAUAGAUCAAUUUCUCAGGGAUAGUGCCAACAAAAGGAAUGAUGAAUAUGGUGGGAGUAUCUAAAAUAGAAGCAAAUUUUGCUUAGAAGUCAUUGAUGAAAUUAUUAAGAUCUAUGGAAAUGGCAGAGUUGGAGUCAAGAUUUCUCCUGUUGCUAGAGUGAAUGACAUGUGUGAUUCGGAUCCACUAUCACUAUUUUCUUACUUGAUCAAGGAGUUCGAUGCAAGAUAAUUGGCCUUUAUUGAAUUACGGGAUGAUAAUGAUAUUGCUAAUUACUCUAAUUAUGGAUACCCUGGGAGCAAGGAACAAAUACCAGACUUAUUUCAAGCCUUUAAACCCUUAUUUAAGGGCGUGUUGAUAGGCAAUAUGGGCUAUACUCCUGAAACAGCCAUUAAAAAUAUCGAAGAAAACAGGUUUGAUGCUGUCACUUUUGGAAAGUUAUUUAUAUCUAAUCCAGAUCUGGUAACUAGAAUUCAAAAGAACUAUGAGUUAAAUUACAAAUGGGAUGAAAGCACGUUUUAUACCAAAGGAGAAAAAGGCUAUCUAGAUUAUCCUUUAUAUGAAGAAGUUUAAUAAUGAAUUUGUAAUUGAUAUCUAUGUGUUGAUAAAUAGUAAUAGUUUG